CACUGAUAAAGUAAACGAUUAGAAUAUUUGAGAAUAUUUCAAAAUGAAUACACGUUCAAAACAUAUUCAAUGCAAACAAGCUGACGGUGUGGAUAAAAUGAAAACUCGUUCACAAAAGAAUGUAAAGGAGUCUAUCGAAAAGCUGCCUCUCAUGAAAGACGUUCGGGUGGUUUUGAGAAGAGAUCCCAGUAUGAUGUUAUUCUAUUGCCAACAAGAGAAACAUAAUAAAGAAGUAGCAAGUAGUGCUGAUCGAACCACCCUUACAAAAACCAACACAGAUCAAGCACGAAACCAAACUAAUCGGAAUCAAAGUGAGCAAGAUGUUGAUCGUUUCACGGACACAGUCACCGUUGAUCAAGGUCGAAGCAAAACCAAUCGGAAUCAAAGAAUGAAACGUGAUAUUAAUCGAUCCGAGGAUACAGUCACCACGGAUGGCGGUACAGCUACAGCUCGAUACGAAACAAAACCGGGUCCAAAGACCAACAAGAAAAAUAACCAAAUAGUUCGAAAAUAUAUUUUCAAAGCAAAUCAAAUUGUUUGGGCUAAAAUGAAAGGCUAUCCAGCAUGGCCUGCACAGUUUAUUCAUUUAUAAUUAUUUGAUUCAAAUUGAUAAUGCUCAAAUUGAAUAUAUGUAAUUUUUUUAAUAUUUACAGAUUCAAAGCAUCACCAAUAAUAUGACAAAUGUAAUCUUUUUCGGGGAUAGAACAACAGCAAAAAUGUUUGUUAACAGUUUGACACCAUUUGAUCAAGGAAUAGACAAAUUUAAACCUGGUAAAAGAUCAACACUUGAUAAGGCGGUGAAAGAGGCUCUAUUCACACUAAAUAUGACUAAACG